UCUUCUCCGCCAUUUUAAUUUGUUUGCGUGGUUUCGCUAUCACCUCGCAAUCAUCAUUUAAACCCUAUUUUUACCAACAAGUAACGAUGAGUAGCUAUCCACGAGCACCCCCAGAUAUCCAUGGGAUGACAUCCCUCAAAGUUGACAACUUAACUUAUUGUACAACCGUUGAAGAUCUCCGUAGAUCAUUCGAGGAGUUCGGAGAAAUCGGGGACGUGUACAUUCCCCGCGACCGAUACUCGCGCGAGAGCCGUGGCUUCGCGUUCAUUAGGUUCACCCAAAGAAAGCACGCUGAAAGAGCGAUUCACAGCCUUGAUGGUACAAAGUUAGAUGGCCGAAAGAUAACUGUCCAGCUUGCCAAAUAUGGUCGUCCACAAGAGCCAUACCGUCGACCACGAGGUGGACGUUAUGGAGGUGGUGGAGGCGGUGGAAGAAGAGAUGGUGGUCGUUAUGGUGGAAGUAGGUACAGCAGAUCCAGGUCCAGAUCUCCAGUGUAUCGCCGUGACAGGUAUGACAGGUCAAGGAGCAGGUCGCCAUACGCCAGCCGCAUGAGAGGCAGGUCAAGGAGUCGUAGCUCCUCUAUCAGCGAAAGGAUGCCACGAAACAAUGUACAGCUGUCGAGGUCCAGGUCAAGGUCUUUAGAGCGACAUCAUCAUCACCAUUCAAGGUCAAGGUCGAUUGAGCGACCUCAUCGUCAUUCAAGGUCAAGGUCAAGGAGCAACUCCUAGGAAGAUGGUUCAUUCAACUUGUGAUAGGAUGGAUGUUCGGACUGUGAAGAUAUGCUAGUGGCAGCAUCAUAACAUACACAUGACCAGUUCCACGAUGGUAAGGUUUUUGAAAUUCUGAGAACUUAGAGCAUGAAGUUAAAGACUGGUUGAGCAUUUUAAACACUCUUCAUAGAGAGUCUGUGAAGUAUCAUUUGCCUGUGUAAAUAUAUAUCUUGCUUUAAUCUGGAGUUGUAUUAUGCUAUUGGAAUAUAUGGAUGCAUUCGGUUGUUAUCAUAACCUUUGUCAAAAUAAAACAUAAGACGCGUUCAGCAGUUGAAACGCUUCUUAUUGACCAGUGAAAAGUUCCGUCUUCUGUGUCUAAAGACUCUGUUAUUGCCACAACUUGGGGGUCUCUACCCUGUUCCAUUGUGAAAAAUUGUUAAUUUGGAUAUUGUGCCAUGUUCUGUCGUCAUUGUAUAACACUUGCAUGCCUCGUUCAGUGAAUCAUUCAACACGAAAGCUCUGCAGCUGGCACCUCGAGGUUCUGUUGUCUUUGAAAUCAACAUGCAAAUACUAACUUCCAUUGAUGCUUUGUUUCAAAUUGAUGAAUAGAACUUGAAUAUUUUUUUAUACUGUUUGAUUUACGAAUUCCCAAAUAUUUCGCUGCAGCCGAUUUAUAUUUUGAAACAUUACUGAAUUUUUGGCCCAUGUAGAUGAUUUUAUUGUUGAAGUAUGCUUUAAGUGAAGCUCAUGUGCAUGCAUUAUAAGAUUUAUUCAUCAUAUUCCUGCAGUUCUUGUCAAAACAAUUUGACUUUGUCUCAAAGUCUUCCUGGUAUUUUGUUCUAAAACUGUUGGUGAUCAGUGAAUGCGUACGUAAACUGCAAGGAAAACAACUUCUGAUGAUAUCCAAAAAUAUUUUUAAUUGUUACUGAAGUCUGUUCUGCUGAGUACAGUUUUAAAUGUGCAUGAUUUGUUGUCCAACAGUUGUGAAGGCAAAUUGCUCUGAAAAGAUACAAAGACAUUUUCAGGAUAGCUGGAAAUCAGCUUUUGGUUAGUUAUUUUCAUGACUAUUUGUAGUAUUGCAUUUUGAUCCUUCUUCUUCAAAGAAUUUUAUCUAUUUUUUGUAGCACUUAGAAAGUGUUGUCACGGAUAAUAUGUUACUUCAGAGGAAUAUGCCUUAACAAAAAAGCUUUGUGUGUAGCUUUAGUUCUGUAGCUGCUGAAUAAAUGCCUGGUUUGGUAGUCCUUCACUCUUGGUAGAAUGAGAAUAGUGCCUCCAUCUUAAAAACCUUUUUUCUUCCUUGACAAAAGGUUAUCGUUGUUUCAACCGAUUUCAAAUGGCUAUAAAUGUAGUAUUUCAUUAAGAGCAAUACCUAAGCCCAUUUAGAAAACCGACUUGGUAAAUUAAUAAUUUGAUAGAUUGGUAAAUUCACUUGGUACAUACUGAAUUUGUCAGGAUUAUUUGAUUUCUGGGUUCAAAAGCCUAUCGGCCAUCAAACUCAAUUUUGCAGGAGUCACAAGUUGACAGCCCUGGCAUGUUCAUCCAGCAAGCGAUUCUCAUUCUAACCAUCUACCAUUCUCAUGCAUGAAAAAAAUCAAUCAAUAAAUUUCAUUAACCAGUUUUCUUUUUCCUGUGUCAUAUAGGAGCAGUAAGGUGUUGUGCUGAAAUAAAUGCAGUGCAGUGCAGGGUUGGAGCAGUAAGCAGUACGGUCUGGAGCGGUCCAGAUGAGAGAGAGUGGGUGCAUGCUGUUUUGCUGUUACCAUGGUUACUUGCGGCUGCUGCUGUUGGUACGGGACCCGGGAUUAGCUGAUUCUUGAUCGGUGCGGGAGCUGGGAUUGGCCGAUUCUGAUAUCCUGGUGUAUUUACCAAAACACACACGAGUUGCUGCGCUUCUCUUCGUGAAGGAUGCUGGGGGCUGUUUCAUUUCAAUUAGAUAAGAAAGCUGUUUGAAAAGACUUGUCCUGUUGAUUCUGCUGCUCACGUCAUGGCUUAGCUGUUGACAUCUUCACUUAAGGAGGAGCUGAUAAUGGGAGGCGCACACCUGUUUGUCUUGGUAAUUUGAUUCAUCCAGUUUCAAAGUCUCAAAGGGAAAAACGUGGCACUCGCACAUCAGAUAGGGGGGUGAUAUUCAAUGAUAUGUUUUGGUAUCAAUCAGUAGCCUGACCUGCAUUUUUCAAGCUAAACAGAUAGUCUGUGUGACGAAUUCAGGUCAAUCAGACUGAAGUAGUGGCCUUGAUUGAGGCAGAAGUUAACAACUUUUUAAUCUAGAUUUAACCCACUGAACACUUGUCUUUGACCAUUUGGCCAGUUAUUUUUUAUUUUUGCUGAAAGGCUGACAUUUCAUUCCCAUUUAAAGUGUGCCCUUUUUCAACAAACUAACAAACGUGCCCUUUUUUGGCAAAAAGUGCUAUGCCCUUUUAAAAGAGAACUUGAUGCCCGACUUAAUUUAAGACAUGCAUUCAAUUCUUUUGUCAAAAGGAAACACGAGAUUGCAGCCCUGAACAGUUUUAUCAGACUGGCACAGGGAAAUAUUAAAAUGCUUAUUGUAUAUGUUUGAUUGCUCUCUGAAUUAGUAAAGGAUUCCUCGCUCUUCUUAACUGCCAAGGUGGAAACAGUAUUUUUGAAAGUCCAUCCAAAUAUAUCAUAGCAUUGACAUUCUUCGAUCACUGAGGAAAAGGCUGUUUUAACUCGCAUUUGGUGUAUUUAGGUAGUUCAAGUUGUGUUAAAAGUAUACCUGUGUUUAAGAAUACUUAAUGAAAAAACUGAUAUGUGUGUGAGAAUACUUGAUGAAAAAAACUGAUAUGAAGAAAGGCUUCAUGACAAAGUUGCAUCACUCACGAAUUGUCAGUGGAACAUUCAUAAUUUUACUCUCUUGGCAUUUUGAAAGGAGGUCUUGGCUGGCUUAUUUUCGUGUAUUGUCUUUGAUAAUAAUGUUCACUUUGGGUCCAGGCAUCAGUAAAUUCCUGCAGGCAUUGUGCUUGCACGGAUGGUAGUAAAAAGUUUUUAUCGAAGAUAAUGAAUCGAGAUAGACUUGGCUGAACACCACCGUCUGUGAAUUCAACAAGUUUCUCACAUUAUUUCAUUGUAUAUAUUCAUAUUCAUUGUAUUUUUUUUAAAGGGGGAAAGAAUGAAUGGGAACGUGGUGAGAUAUGUACGUGUAUGUUUCAAAAUAAAAUAGAUGUCGUUAUAUACUGAA